CCACCGAUCACCCUUCGGUGGCCCUUUUCUCCUUUUCCGGCCUUCCUUCUCUAAUUUCUUUCUUUUACUCCUCGUCUGAAAUUGCUUUCCGCCAUGGAUCGGCUGCCUGCAGCAGCAGAGGGCAAAGAGGGCAGCAGCGUUGAGUUCGGAUGGACGAAGGAGAAGCACUCCUCCUACCUCCACUCCCUCGAGGUUUCCUUCGUCAAACGCGUCUUCGGAAGCACCGCCGCCGACCACUUCCAGUACUACCAUCUCAACGGCUACGACUACGACCACCAGCCGCUCGACCGCCACCUCCCCGACUCCUGGGACUCUACCCUUGAUUCUACUACUCUCGAUCUCAGUCACGCCAAACAGUACUAUGAGGCAGACAGGCGUAAGAGCAAAAGGUCGAAGAAGUCAAAGAAGAGGCGAACUUCUCUAGCCCAACAGGCUCCACAAAAGGAUCAAGUCUUGCCGGAAAGCGUCACUGGUUCAAGCUCCGCGAGUGGAGGAGGUUCACCUUAGGACACAAAAUUUAGUAACUGUGGUUGAGGCCAUGUCAGAGUAUCUUGAUCUUAGUCAAUUGAUUGAACAAGAAGUUGGUUCACCGCGAUUGUGGUUCUUACAGCUUUCCUUGUUUCUUUUCUCUACUAUUGCGUAGCCUGAGUUUCUAGGUAGUCAAAAGAAAACUUGCUGCUUUAGUAGCUAAAAGUCUAUUCAGAAGCUAUCCUUUUUGCCUGAUA